ACAUUGAGAUGGGAGAUAUGGGUGGUCGAGCUGAAGUAGAAUUUGGAACUAUGUCUUCGGAUAUACAAUAAUGGCCGUCGUUAAAUGUGCCAUUGAGCUUGGGGUUGCCGAUGCUAUCGAAAACCAUGGAAGCCCCAUGCCACUGUCCGAGUUAGCUGCCACCCUCCGCUGCAAACCAUCACGUCUUCACUGCAUCAUGAGGUUCCUGGUCCAUUAUCAAGUAUUCAAACAAGAACCCAUCGGCCAACACUCCAUUGGCUUCUCAUUGACGCCAUUGUCUCAUCGUUUGAUAAAACAUGGAGAAAAACCAUGGUGCCCUUAAUACUGUUAGAAUCCAGUCUUACUACCCAUGGCAUAGUCUCAAUGUUCGAGUCCUUGAGAGCGGUGAUAUUUUACCAUUUGAAGCAGCAAACGGGAUGGAUCUAUGGAGCUACACCGAGGCAAACCCUGGUCAUAGCAAACUCUUCAAUGAUACGACGGCUUGCAGUUCUAGACACACGAUCUCGGCUAUACUCGAAGGAUGUCCACAAGUGUUCGAUGGUGUUGAAAGCUUGGUCGAUGUUGGUGGAGGUAAUGGGACUGCUCUGAGUGUUUUAGUUAGCAAUUCCCAGGGAUUCGAGGCAUCAACUUCGAUCUCCCUCAUGUUUUCCGCUGUUGCACCAACAUUUGACAUCAUUGAAAACUGGGUUUUGCACGAUUGGGACGAUGAAGAAUGCAUUAAAAAUGCAUUAAAAUCCUAUAGAAAUGUCGAGAAGCAAUUCCAGAAGACAAAGGGAAGGUCAUAA